AUGGAUGGUGACUAUGUUAUUGGUGGUGUUUUCUCCAUACGCUACUACGAACAAACAGAGAUGCAUAACUACACCACCAUUCCUGAGCCACACAAAUGCACAGGGAGAAUUGACACUUGUGAACUGCGGUAUUCACGCGCAAUGGUCUUCGCCAUUGAGGAGAUUAACAACAGCACAGAGCUGCUGCCAGGCAUCAGACUUGGUUAUCAGAUCUACGACUCAUGCAGCUCUGUGCCCUUGACUAUUCAAGUGGCUGUCCAGCUUUUAAAUGGCCUGGACCAGGAGUUUUACACCAGAGACAACUGCUCGCAAUCUGGUAUGGUGACAGCUAUUGUUGGCGAGUCUGGGUCCACGUCAUCAAUCAGCAUGUCUCGCAUUGUUGGGUCCUUUAAUGUUCCUCAAGUGAGUCACCUUGCCACGUGUGCAUGCCUGUCUGAUAAGCAGCAGUACCCAAGCUUCUUCAGAACAAUACCCAGUGACCAAUUCCAGGCUGAUGCGCUGGCAAAGCUGUUGAAAAACUUUGGUUGGACUUGGAUAGGUGCUGUCCGGUCAGAUUCAGACUAUGGCAACAAUGGUAUGGCAUCUUUCCUGCUGGCAGCACAGAAAGUGGGGAUCUGUGUGGAAUACUCUGAAUCUUUACACCGGACCUACCCACGUAGCAGAAUACAGAGAGUAGCUGAUGUUAUCCGCAGGUCAACUGCUGUGGUUAUUGUGGCAUUUGCAGCCGCAUCAGAAAUGAGGCUUCUGCUGGAGGAGCUGUUGCUUCAGCCCUCUCCACCUCGCCAGUGGAUAGGUAGUGAGUCCUGGAUAACUAACCCAAAACUGCUAAAGUUCAGCUUCUGUGCAGGAGCCGUUGGAUUUGGCAUUGAGCAAGCUGUCAUCCCGGGUCUGAAAGAAUUUUUGCUGGACCUCUCUCCCACUAAAGUGGCUGCCUCUCCAGUGCUUACUGAGUUCUGGGAGAAGGCGUUCAACUGCAGGCUGGGAAAAAGUGCAGCCAUAGAUGAGAGAGUGUGUGAUGGAACUGAAAACAUUCGGACACUCAACAACCCAUAUGCUGACACAUCUCAGCUCCGAAUCACUAACAUGGUUUACAAGGCUGUUUAUGCAAUAGCGCAUGCCAUCCAUAAUACGAUGUGUCAGGACACAAAUUCUACAGCUAAUUGUGACAAAUUCACCAGGAUAGAAUCCAAACAUGUUUUUACUCAGCUGAAGAAAGUUAAUUUUUCAAAAAAUGGUUAUGAUGUGUCGUUUGAUGCCAAUGGGGAUCCUGUGGCCAGAUAUGAGCUGGUUAACUGGCAAAAAAGUGAAAGCGGUAGCAUUGAGAUGGUGGCAGUAGGGCGCUAUGAUGCAUCACUGCCUGUGGGCCAAGAGUUCCUUAUCAACAGAAACAUCACCUUUCUGGGGGGUGAGAAACAGGUGCCUGUGUCAGUGUGCAGUGACAGCUGUCCUCCAGGAACUCGUAAAGUGUUGCAGAAAGGAAAACCCAUCUGCUGUUAUGAUUGUAUACCUUGUCCUGAGGGAGAAAUUAGCAAUACCACAGAUUCCCUCGAUUGUUUCCCUUGCACCGAGGAGUUCUGGCCUAAUGAAGAGAGACACACUUGUUUCCCAAAGCCUGUAGAGUUUAUUUCUUUUGAUGAGGUCCUAGGAAUCAUCCUGGCUGCAUUCUCAGUUGCAGGUGCCUGCCUUGCUAUUAUAACAGCAGCUAUCUUCUAUGGUCAUAGGACAACCCCUAUUGUCAGGGCCAAUAACUCUGAGCUGAGCUUCCUGCUGCUCUUCUCCCUGACUCUAUGUUUCUUAUGUCCAUUAACUUUCAUUGGAGCACCCUCUGAUUGGUCCUGCAGGCUGCGCCACACAGCAUUUGGCAUCACCUUUGUGCUCUGCAUCUCUUGUGUUCUUGGGAAAACUAUAGUAGUGUUAAUGGCCUUCAGAGCUACACUUCCAGGUAGUAAUGUCAUGAAAUGGUUUGGUCCUGCACAGCAAAGAAUGACUGUAGUGUUUUUCACAUUCAUUCAAGUUUUGAUAUGUGCUGUUUGGUUGGGUCUUAGUCCCCCCUUUCCAAUGAAAAACCUAACCACUUUUAAGGAGAGAAUCAUCCUGGAGUGUGCAUUAGGAUCAGCUAUUGGGUUCUGGGUUGUUCUCGGGUACAUAGGCCUGCUAGCUGUCUUGUGCUUUGUGUUAGCUGUCCUAGCUCGGAAACUACCUGAUAGUUUCAAUGAAGCCAAGAUGAUCACCUUCAGCAUGCUGAUAUUCUGUGCAGUCUGGAUCACCUUUAUCCCAGCGUAUGUCAGCUCUCCUGGGAAAUUUACUGUGGCUGUGGAGAUUUUUGCCAUUCUGGCCUCCAGUUUUGGACUUAUACUGUGUAUAUUUGCUCCAAAAUGUUACAUCAUAUUGUUUAAGCCAGAGAAGAACACCAAGAAACAUUUAAUGAACAAAAAUGAAUCCUAA